GUCAUGCUUUUGUUUUGGUUUAUAAACGGUAACACCGGAAAUGCAGUUUCGAUAAACUCCAUUGUUUGUUUUUCUGUGAUCGAUUGUUUCUGCAGUUGAUUUCACUGACUAGCCCAGAUUAAUCAAGCUCAGACUGAUGGAUGAGCAUUUAAAAAAAAACAGCGCGGUGUUUUCUGAGUUGUCUGAAUAAGACUCUUUAUAGUUUCACAUUUAUUAUGUAAAGUUAGUUACUAGCUGACGUGAUGUCUACGAAGAAACUGGCCAAAGAACUGGGAUUAUUGAGGCAGCGGAGUCAGUCCUCUAAUGGGUCAAAGAAAUCACUGUUAUCAAAUCAAAUAUUUUCCUACCUGAUUGUGAUUGAUUUUGAGUCAACUUGCUGGAGAGAGAAAAACCACUACAGCCAGGAAAUUAUUGAGUUUCCUGCUGUUCUGCUGAACACGUCUACAGGGGAGGUUGAGUCUGAGUUUCAUACUUAUGUUCAACCCCAAGAGCACCCCGUUCUGUCCGAGUUCUGCACUGAGCUGACCGGGAUAACACAGAUGCAAGUUGAGGCAGGGAUCCCCCUUCGGAUCUGUCUUUCUCGGUUCAGCCGCUGGGUGCAAAACCUGCAGCUCGAGAUGGGUGUGGUCUUUCCCAACAGACAACAGAGAUCUUCUGCACCUUCACCUUCUCAAAAACUGUGUACUUUCCUCACAUGGUCAGACUGGGAUCUCGGAGUUUGUUUGCUGUACGAAUGUAAACGCAAGCAGCUCCAUAAACCUGAUGUGCUCAACAGCUGGAUAGACCUGAGAAGCACCUACAGGCUGUUUUAUGACCGGAAACCCAAAGGUCUGAACGGGGCACUACAAGAUCUGGGAAUACAGUUUUCAGGGAGAGAACAUUCUGGUUUGGAUGACUCGCGAAAUACAGCUCAUUUGGCAGCGAGGAUGAUGAGGGAUGGGUGUGUGAUGAAGAUCACCAGGAGCCUGGAGAAGAUGCCAUUAAAGGUCAAACCCAUGUUUGGAAACACAACUGCAGACAACAAAAAAUCCAACACCGAUGAAGAGGAAAACACACUUACCACAAACAAACCCUCAUCACCCAAAAUUCCUCCCAAAUCAUGUCAGAUAAAAUCACUUUCAGGGAACAUUAUGAGGGAUUUAGACACAAAGGAGAACUCAAGUUCUGUUCAAAGCCUGAUCUCACCAAAGACACUGCUGAAUGGUACAACUACGCCACUAUGGGGAUGCAGCAGGAAGUCUAUUACAGCAGUGACUGUCGCUAAUAUUUCCUCUUCAGUUAUGAUCAACUGUCCUGCACCACGCAAUAACAACAGCAGCAGCCUUGUUCUGUGUUCGACCACUUUGGGCUGCCUUUCAAAUCUGCCUCAGCCAAACCAGCCCUCCAAAACCGGAGCAACAGUAGAAGAGGAAGGUGCAGAACUUUUAGUGGAAGCAGAGGACAGGUGUGGUUCAUAUGAUGAUGUGGUGCUGGAGGGUGACGAUGACGUCAUCAGUGAAACGGAGAGAGAAUUUGACAGCGGAUGUCACGUGUGUGAAGAGACGGAUGAUACACAUUCACCAGAGAAAAGACACAAAAUAAGAGAAACGGUGAGCUUUGAAAACAACUUCAAAACUCAAAAGAUGGCCAAUGAGUCAUCAACGACGUCUGUAUCUACAAAGAGUUCUCACAUUAAUAUGUCUAAUCACUUGAAUGAAAUCAGGCAGCAUUCAACGAUCUCAGAGCCCAGUUCUUAUUUUGCUGUGCCUAAAACUGUUACUCGGGACUCCAAAUCUUAUCGGCACAAAACAGGACUUAGAACAUCUCUACAAGUACAAGAAAAGUCAGAUGGGUCUCAUAAAAUCUGUCGAACAAACACACCCGCUCUAUUCAGGCACAACCACUUCAUCCCAGAAAAGACCUCCACCCCUUUUACCUCAUUUGUCAGGCCCAAAGCAGUCAUCACACAACACACAAAGCACCAAGAGACUCCAAAAUCUUCCUUCACCAUCUACACUGACCCAGCAAAACCCUCCCGUCCCUCCUCAUGUCACGCCUCCAAGAAUGUCCUCUCCUCUUUGUCGACUAACACACUCUCCUCACGCACCAAUCUCGCCUCCAUCUCUGUGACAAUGAAAGGAGGACAGAGGAUCACAUCUCCACUGUGUGCGUGUGGGCGUCGUGCAAAGCGGCAGGUCGUAUCCAACGGCGGACCAAACCACGGGCGAGGGUUUUUCUGCUGCCCGGUCCGGCGGUCAGGCAGCGGAGGCAGGAUCCAGAAGGGCUGCGAGUUCUUUAAGUGGGAGUCAGCUGUGAUGAAGAGCAGCUCAGUGGCCGCUCCUGCUGUCGGGUCUUCAGUCUCACUCUGUCAGAUCAACUCGAGUCUGAGCUGUCGUCCACCCCAGAGGUCAACGCUGAGAAAGAGCUAUUAACUUGUUGAAGAAAAAAAAGAAAGCUGUGUGUGUUCAACCUCAGUGAAAUAGACUUUGUGAUGUUGUUUAACUUGUUCCUCCUCUUUAUGUUGUAUGUGAAAAAAGUAAAAGCUGAAUAGAUAUGCUUAUAAACAGAGGAGAUCCCCUUUUAUGAACUUCAUACAGCAGUACAAAUCAAAGCUGUCAUUUUAUUGACACAAGGAAUGCUUAAUUAAAUUUCUUUAUUACAGUUUGGAUAAUUAAUUGGCUUUUAUAAAGCUAAAAUUCCCCCAAAAGAUGUAAUUCAUUGCUUUUCCGUAUUUCACAUCAUUGUUGAAUGAAUACUUUUAAAUAUUUGACUGUUUGUGACACUUAAUUAUACAAUUUAGGACAUAAAAGUUUAGUAAUCAUUAAUGAAUAAUGAUAAUUAACUAAUGAAAUUAAUUUAUAUAAUGUUAGUGUUGUGUUUUUAUUUAAACAAAAAUAAUCAAAUCAGCCAAUAAUGAACACUGAUAAUAAACUUCAUUUUGUUCAUGUUUUGUACAAAUUUAUUUUGGAAAUGUGCUUUAGAGAUCAAAUGAAAUGUUGAAUAAAGUGAUUAAAGUUUAAUC